GCAGGUGCGAUGAAAAUCGAAAUGGCCGACGAAAAUUCUACAUUUGAGGAGAGGACUGAACAAGGACCAGAGCGUCGGGAGAGAAAUCGUGAAGGUCGCGAUUAUGACAGACGUGACCGAGGCAAGAGGAAGCGAGAUAUGGAUGACUAUGGGGAGGAUUCGGAGAGGUUCAGGAAGCUUUUCAUUGGUGGGCUGUGUUACAGUACAACUAAUGAGGUCCUUAAGGAGUACUACGAACAGUGGGGUGAGGUGACAGACUCUAUUGUGAUGAUGGAUCCAGAAACCAGGAGAUCUCGAGGGUUUGGGUUUGUGACAUACAAGGAAUCGAGCAUGUUAGAAGAAUGUAUGUCCAACAGACCGCACAUCAUCGACGGCAGAACAGUUGAUGCCAAACGUGCCAUGCCGAAGACGGGCAGAAACUCUAACACUAGUGAGAGUAAAGAAUCUGUAUACAAGAUGUUUGUGGGAGGACUAAGGGACAUGACGACGACCGCUUCCCUCAAGGAGGCAAUGGAACAGUUCGGCUCCGUGCGACAUGUGGAACUUAUGAUGGAUAAAAACACAGGAAGACAUCGGGGAUUCGCUUUUGUCACAUUUGAUGAUACAGAUUCCGUGGAUAAGGCUGUGUUGAAACAGCAUGUUAUGGUUGACAGCAAGGAAGUGGAGAUGAAAAAAGCGGAGGCUAAAACAAACAAAGGUCGGGGCAGAGACCGAGAGGAUUCUAUGUGGAACAUGGGUGGAAAUAUGGGUGGUGGUGGUGGUGGAGGAGGAAAUAUGGGCAUGGGUAAUAAAAUGGGAAAUCAGAUGGGCAUGGGAGGAAAUAUGGGUGGAAUGGGUAUGAAUAACAUGGGGAUGGGUGGAAAUAUGGGGAUGGGCGGGAAUAUGGGAAUGGGAGGAAAUAUGGGGAUGGGUGGAAAUAUGGGUGGAAACAUGGGGAUGGGUGGAAAUAUGGGUGGAAUGGGAAUGGGAAAUUACAAUAUGGGUCAAGGGAUGGGUGGUAUGGGCGGAAAUAUGGGCAUGAAUAAUAUGGGAAUGGCUGGGAAUUAUGGGGGCUAUGGUGGUUAUGGGAUGGGUGGAAAUAUGGGGAUGGGCGGGAAUAUGGGAAUGGGAGGAAAUAUGGGGAUGGGUGGAAAUAUGGGUGGAAACAUGGGGAUGAUGAACAACCAAGCUGGGCAGACCACCACAGGAGCAUCAACUGGUGGCAAAGACUCUACAAAAAAUGCUGUAGCCCCAAUGAACAGUGGACAGACAUCAUCUACAUCCUCACAAGCCUCUGGCCAGGGGUAUAACCAGCAGCAGAUGAUGCCUAACCAGAUGGGCAUGCAGAAUCCCAUGGGCAUGAUGGGAAAUCAGAUGGGCAUGAUGGGAAAUCAGAUGGGUAUGAUGCCCAACCAAAUGGGCUAUAACCAGAUGGGAAUGAUGGGAAAUUAUGGUGGAUACGGAAUGGGCAUGGGAAUGCAGGGAAUGGGAGGUAACCCCAUGAUGAACCAGAUGCAGGGUCAAGGUCAGAUGGGGGGUCAAGGUCAGAUGGGUCAAGGUCAGCAGAUGGGGAACCAGCAGCAGAUGGGCAUGAUGGGACAGCAGCAGCAGCCACAGAUUCAGGGAGCAGACAAGUCCGGAGCCGCCCCAGCCACGGGAGGUUACGGCAUGGCAGGGCAGCAGGGCUGGGGCACAGGGUCUGGUGAAUACAAUGCUGGUGGCGAUUACAGUGCACAGGGAAAGGCCUCAGGUGGCAGAUAAAGCGACUAAACAGGCAUGGCAGUUGUGUGCAGAUCGUGUGAGAUGUAGUGUAGGAUACUGGUUGCCAUGGCGAUAAAGGAACAUGUAGAUCUUGUGUUCAGUAGACUUUCAUCUUCAUAAAACAUGCUGGCUCAUGCCCAUCGUAGAUUAGACAUGUGUUACUUUCACCUUAAUGAAAUGAUUGUCAUAAAAAUUGUCAUAAUUACAAACAAGUCAUCUAAUUAAAUUGUGGAUUCUUGUACUGGUGCUUGCCAUUUAUAUUUUCAAAUAAAAUAAAUCAGCAAGCCCGGAAAUCAUGUUACCAAUGCGGGCUUCUGGGCUUAUGCUUAUUUCGACCACUUGACAGAUAUUCCAGUAGUAAGAUGUACUGUAUUGUAGAAAUCAAAAAAAUAAAAUUCCAGUGUUUUGUUUAUGUAUCAAGUUUGUGUUUGACAGACUAUGGAACAAUUGAUGUUAUAUUUAACUUGUUAAGGCUAAUUUUCUGUUGUUCUGUCAUUACUUUGUUAUUGUACAUUGUUAAUUUUAGUCCUGUUCUGUUCAUAAAGAAUAAGGGAAUGAUCACAAAUAAGUUGAUUAUGAUUUUAAUUGAACUGUAGGCUUUUAGUUUCUGGAUUAUUUGGUUUGAUUCACACAUACCAAUUAAAUACAUUUAUUUGUGUGCGUAGCUAUUCUAAUCCCAGGAUGAAUUGUUUAUUGAUUUUUGAUGUUACUGGUACAUUUAAUAAUAAUUUAGAUCAGCUUAGAAAAAAGCUUUGUACAUAGCUAUACUUGCUUAUGACUAGAGUAUAGGUAGGCGUAAACUACCAGUACUAAACAAAAAGAAUACAUAUAAUAUAUACUCUGGUCAUUAGUUGUUAAUUACAUAGAUCCAAAUAAGAAUUUCAUUAGUUAAAAUCAAUGACUCACUAUUUGGUUUUCAACAUGUACUGUUAAAGCAAAGGGACACACACUCAUCACUGGAGUGGCUUCAUAAAUUAUGUACAAUAUAUACCAUGGUAUAUUACAUUUGUUUUAUCAGUUAAAAUAGAUCAUAGAGUAGAUAAAGCUAUGUUUUAUGUAAUGUUUUAUUUUGAUAUUUGUUGUGUAACAUAUUAUGAUGAACUAUUUUUGUCAGAUUAAAUAUUCAACAAUUGUAGUUGCAAUAAAGUUUUGUAGAUUAGA